GAUCGAUCCAAAAACCAAAGCCAAAAAAAUAAAACAAAAGCAGAGAAGGAAAGGCGAUGAUCAAAGGAAGAGAUGGAAACAGAGGAUCCACUUCUUCUGGUUACUCUGCAGAUUUGUUGGUUUGUUUCCCUUCAAGAGCCCACUUAGCUCUUACUCCUAAGCCCAUUUGUAGCCCGUCCCGUCCCUCCGACACCAACACUCGUCGUCCCCACCACCGUCGCAAGCUCAGCAGACUCUCCGGCGGCGGCGGAGGAGGACACGGAAGUCCUGUUUUGUGGGCUAAACAAGCAAGCAGUAAGAAUAUGGGCGGUGAUGUUAUAGCCGAACCCACUUCGCCUAAAGUCACUUGCGCCGGUCAGAUCAAAGUCCGGCCGAGCAAAGGAAAGAAUUGGCAAUCGAUGAUGGCGGAGUUCGAGAAGAUUCAUCGCAAUAAAUCGGAGGGAAAGUUUCUUGGAUUGAAGAAAGACGUGAUGGGUUUCCUGACUUGUCUCAGAAAUAUCAGAUUCGAUUUCAGGUGUUUUGGUGAUUUCCGACAUGCCGAUAUCACUAGCGACGACGACGAGGAGGAAGGUGAUGAUGAUGAUGAUGAUGACGAUGGAGAAGAAAAAGAAGAAAAGGAAGAAGAGGAGAAGUCGAAGACACUUUUCUCUAAAUGGUAUAUGGUUUUACAAGAGGAACAGAGCAACAACGAUGAUCACAAGAAGAACAACAAUUGCGUCGUUGAUGAAAAACACGAUCUUGAAAACUCAGACGCAGAACCGGCGGUUCCACCUCCAAACGCGCUUUUGCUGAUGAGGUGUAGAUCGGCUCCAGCGAAGAGUUGGUUAGAAGAGAGAAUGCAAGCAAAAACAGAGCAAGCUAACAGAGAAGAACAACAAGAAGAGGAGGAGGAAGAAGAAACAGAGGAUCAAGAGAUGAGUACGGAGAAGAAGCAAAAGAAGAAGAAGGAUUUGAGAUCACUAAUGGAGGAAGAGAAGAUGGAAUUGGUGUUGAUGAGAUACGAUACUGAGUAUUACAGACUCUCUUCAGACAUCGCUAAGGAAACUUGGGUUGUCGGCGGAAUUCAAGAUCCUCUGUCUCGAAGUCGAAGCUGGAAAAACUGAUUUUACAGGUCUACCGUUACUCACCAUUAAUCCCCGUAUUUUAUAUAUCUAAUUAAGUAUUUCAAUUAAUUUUUGAUACUUUUUUUUUUUUUUUGGUUUCUGGAGUUUCCUUGAUUCCCCUGUUUUGUAUCUCAACGGUUUUCCUUCUUUGUUUUCGUGUGUUUCAUCACAACGUUUGUAAUGUAAUGCAAAUAUGUACAUACAUGGCUUAUAUUUUUAAACAGAUAUGCUUAA